GAUUUUCGCGAGGACUGGCUCUGUAGCUUUCUCGAUCGUGGGUGGAGUGGAAGAAAGAGAGAGAGAGAGAGAGAAGAAAGGGAAAUGGCUAAUUUGAGAGACGAGUAUGGGAACCCAAUACAGCUCACCGACCAGCGUGGCAACCCCGUGCAGCUGACCGACGAGUUCGGCAGACCCAUGCACAUCUCCGGCGUCGCCACCACCACCACCUCCAGCGGUUCCGUCACCGGCGUCGGGGAUCAGCACCACCCGCAUGAGCAGUGGCAGGAGCGCCGCGAGGAGGGUGAGGCCGGCGAGCUCCGCCGCUCUGGCAGUUCUAGCUCCAGCUCGUCAGAGGAGGACGAUGGGCAAGGUGGGAGGAGGAAGAAGAAAGGCAUCAAAGACAAGCUCAAGGAGAAAAUCACCGGGGGGAAGCACAAGGACGAGCACUCCGAAGAAGCCACGGAGACCACCACCGUCAAGGUCGAGCAUCACGAGCAGCAGCACGAGAAGAAAAGCAUGAUGGACAAGAUCAAAGAGAAGCUACCUGGCCACCAUAGCCAUUAAAAGAGCUGUGCCUUCGUCCUAGAAAUAUGUACAUGAACAUAUGCAUGCGGUUUGCUUGUAUCGUGUCGUGGCGUUUGAUUUGUCGCUUUGUUGCCGUAGCGAUUAGACUUUGAUUUUUAAGUUAGAUGGUCUCGAGAGGCUCGGUGGUUGUCCUGUAGUAGUCUCUGUCGGUCUUCGAAUGUCAAGUACUAUGUCAAGUUCGAUGAAUUUCAUGUGGAGGACAGGGUCGGAUAAAUAUUAAAUUUUGCUGCGCUUCUGUUCGCUUGUCUACUAAAGAGAGAAACGAUUU